CACUCCUAAUAUUCUUCCUUCCUCAAAUCAUAAACUUACUAUUGUCACUUCCUCAUAUCUAAUCUCUCUUUUUCUCUUUACCAUCUCUCCCCAAAUUUAUAUUGCAGAAGAAAGCCAGAUUCAAAAACUCAAAUAACUAAGGAUACUCCAUUUUUCUAACAGCUUGCAGGUAUUCCAUGCCCACGUCAUCGUCUACCAAGCGUGUUCUGAGAAGCACGAACGUCGACAAAAAAUCUGCAGAGACCAACGACUGUGACGAUGAGCCCUCUCAACUCCCGCCGCCAUCAACUCCCGCCGUCGCAAAUGGUGACGCCCUAAAAACAAGAAACCGGCAGUUACGACGAUUAUCAUCCCUGUUUCUCCGGUGGUCUUUUGUUGUUGGAUGCUUGCGAUUACGACGAGUUUCUGGAGUUCCGGCGAGUCCCCAUGUGGGUGAUUUGGCCUGUUAUGUUGACCAGACACCGGAAUAUGCAAUUUCAUGACUGUAUCACAGUGUUUCACAGUGUAUCCGGUAGUUUUAUUUUAUGUACUGUAUCACAAUAUGCAAUUUCAUUAUUUUCCUUGUUUUA